UGUUUAUUCUAUGGAGGGUAGAGGUAUGUACCUGUACUCCAUACAAUAUACAGUACAAGGUAUCAAAUACUUGAGCCAUAUUAAAUUUUGGUAAUUCAUCUGCAUUUGCAACAGUUUCAACGAUUUGUUCCGCCCGUUGAUUUAAAUUACUCUUUCAAUAUUAUACAACUUGUAUCAUCUAAUUAAUUGUAUUUACAGUUAGCCAGCUUUAGUACUUCGAAAAAUUUUAUAAAGCCGGACUUUAUAUAAUUUAUAACGAUUUAAAACAAUGGAGAACAUUCCACCAGAAUGCAAUUGUGCUGAUGAGUUCUGUGUCAGGGAAGGGGAUAAUCCAAUAGCCGCUGUUGAAAUAAAAUGUAGACGUUCAAAUUUCAAAUUGCGAAUGAUCAACAAAAUAGAAAAAAAGAUUGCUCAGUCUAAAGAAAUAAUCGAAGAUCCGAAAUCGACUCCUGAGGAGAUAAGCAAAGCACAAGACUGUUUGCAAUCGGAUUAUAAAUCUGAAGCAUUUCUGAUUGCGAUGAUGUAUCGUUUGGUUAAGAACUUAGAAGAAUGUCCGCACUGUUCUUAUUUUAUACCAUCAUCAGAUUAUGGAAGAGAAUUCUUAUUAUUAAAAGAAGAACAUUCUGAUUUAUUUAAUAAAAUAAUGGCUAUUAGUAGUGAAGAUUCAUCUUUAAUGAUAAAAAAUCCAUUAGUUCAUACGAUGGAGAACAAUCCACCAGAAUGCAAUUGUGUUGGGUUCUGUUUCAGGAAAUGGGAUAAUCCAAUAGCCGCUAUGCGAAGAAGCUGUAGAUCUUUAAAAUUUUAUUUGCGAGAGAUCAAAGAAAAAAAAAAAUGUAUUGCUGAAUCUAAAAAAAAAAUCGACGAUCCGAAAUCGACUCCUGAGGAGAUAAGCAAAGAACAAGACCGUUUGCGAUUGUUGUAUAUAUUUCAAGCAAUUCCGAUUGUGACGACGCAUUAUGCGGUUAAGACGUUUGAAGAAUGUCCGUAUAGUUCUUAUUUUAUACAAACAACAAAUUUUGGAAGAGAAUUCUUAUUUGUCAAAGAAAGAGAUUCUGAUUUAAUAAAUGAAAUAAUGGCUAUUAGUAGUGAAGAUAUGUCUUCUAUGAUGGAAAAUCCAUCAGUUCAUAAUGGAUUAUAAAUAUUGAAAAAAUAAACUGUUUGAACGUUUAUCAUAUUAAUUCCUCACAAAUAUACAAAACUCCAGUAACAAUUUGAAAUUUUUUAUUAAUUAAUUUUGUGUUGAUCCUGUAAUACUAUCCGCUUUCAAUAAAAUUUUGGACAUUUAAUUUCUUGCA